CUGAUCAUUUUCAGUAAAAGUGUCCUGGGAUGAGAGGGUACUUAUGGAGGGGAGGAAAGCCACAGUGCAACCUGAACUGUGAAGGGAGACUUUCUUUCCCCGACAUCUGUCGUUUUUCCUGGUGUCUGUUGUUCAACACAGCCAGCCGCCAUGCCCACUGACGCCCAAAGCGAUGCCCGCUCCUUCCUGACUGAGGAGAUGAUUGCAGAGUUCAAGGCUGCCUUCGACAUGUUCGAUACAGACGGUGGCGGUGACAUCAGCACCAAGGAGUUAGGUACUGUGAUGAGGAUGCUGGGCCAGAACCCAUCAAGGGAGGAGUUGGAUGCCAUCAUUGAGGAGGUUGAUGAGGAUGGCAGCGGUACCAUUGACUUCGAGGAGUUCUUGGUCAUGAUGGUGCAACAGUUAAAGGAGGACCAGGCCGGAAAGAGUGAAGAAGAGCUUUCGGAAUGCUUCCGUAUUUUUGACAAGAACGGAGAUGGUUUCGUUGACCGGGAGGAGUUUGGAGACAUCCUACAUCUCACUGGAGAACCAGUCGUAGAAGAAGAUAUUGAUGAGAUGUUCGGGGAAGCAGAUACAAACAAAGAUGGAAAGAUUGAUUUUGAUGAGUUUCUCAAGAUGAUGGAGAACGUUCAGUAAUGAGACCAGAUCUACAUUCUUGCUCACUUGGUGACCCUUCCUCAGAGAGAAUAUGAAGCAUGCUGUGUGAUGGAAUUGUGCUCAGAGCAAACUCUAAAUGCUGUAAAACCUUGUACAAUUGUGAAUAUGAUGUAGCUUCUGAGACAUCUAAAUGGGUACAAGUGAAAUACCUUAACCCACACUCCCCUUUUCCUUCUCAUAUUAAACCCAGGGGCUCAGUGAGGAUAUCUAUAAAUAUCCGUUCAAACCUUUUAAGACGAAGGAACCUUCCCUGAUCGCCUUUUUGAGCCGGCCACCCAGCUGUCCCCUUGGCAGCUGCUGUUUCUCCAGAAAUGCUACACCACUUAAGCCCCACCUCCUCCUCAAAACUAAAUCUUCCCCAACCUGUUCUGUGCUUUCUAAAUAAAUCCACUUUCUCCUUGUU